UCAAAACUAUCGGUAUCGGGCCAACAAAGAGAGCAAUAUUGCCAAAAUUAUAAACAAGGAAGUAUGACAAUUGUUUAAACUUCAAUUUGGCGCAGGUGUAUAUAUGAAAACCAUAGACGAGUAGAUCGACAGUUGUACGGUUGAGUUUGGCUCAGAAAAUGUGGCACUACAUCCACCAGCGUUGGCUGAUUUCCCUCACCGUCAUUUGCCUGCUAUUGGUCGGACUGGGAAAUGCCCUGCACACAUACGCCAAUCCUGAAGGUCAGGUGCCAGAUAUGUUGGCCACAUUGCCAGGCCAGCUUAAGUUCGUGCAUGUGAUAUAUCGCCACGGCGACAGAACGCCCGUUGAUCCGUAUCCAACGGAUCCGUGGAACAAUCGGAAGUAUUGGUCCACUGGCUGGGGACAAUUGACAAAUCUGGGAAAGCAAGAGCACUAUGAGCUGGGAAAAUGGCUUCGCAAUCGAUACUCUUCCAUCCUUAACACAAGGUACUCCAACGAGAAUAUCUUUGUGCAAUCCACUGAUGUGGAUCGCACUUUGAUGAGCGCUCAGUCAAACCUAGCGGGCUUGUUCGAGCCUCAGGGCGACGAUGUUUGGAAUCCAGAGAUUAAAUGGCAACCCAUUCCUGUUCACACAAUACCCGAGAAGGAUGAUUCCAUUUUGGCCGCCAAGGCUCCGUGUCCAGCCUAUGACUACGAGUUGGACAAACUGGAAUCGUCGACAGAGUUCAAGGACCUGACUAAACACUAUCAAGAUCUCUUUGCCUACUUGGGCGAAAAAAGCGGACGCCCUGUAAAGACCUUCACUGAUGCUCAGUACUUGAAUAACACACUUUUUAUUGAGAAUCUCUACAACCUCACAUUGCCGGGUUGGACGGAUAAGGUUUUCGGGCAUGAAGAGCUGACAUAUGCGGCGAAUUUUGCAUUUAGUAUUGGAACUUAUACACGAAAGCUGGCCAGGUUAAAGGUGGGUCCUUUGCUGAAGGAUAUAUUCCAUCGCUUUGAGGACAAAGCUUCGGGGCGUCUGGAUCCAGAUCGCUCUAUGUGGGUGUAUAGCGCUCACGAUACAACUGUAGCUAACGUCUUGAAUGCCCUUAAGCUAUUUGAACUUCAUAGUCCGCCUUAUGUGGCCUGCAUAAUGCUGGAGUUACGUGUGGAUAAUAGCAAUACUCCCUUGGUGUCGGUUUUCUAUAAGAAUACCACCGCCGAACCUCAAGCACUGGAUAUUCCCGGAUGCGGUGUGUCCUGCCCACUGAAAAAACUAGUCAAAAUCUAUCAAGAUGUAUUGCCCGAGGACUGGGAACGGGAAUGCAGACGCUCCACCAUGAUGAUGACCUACGAGGAGGCUAAUUUAGGAAAGGCGACAGGUAUCCUAAUUUUAAUUAUCAUGAUUCUUAUGUGUGCCAGUUACGCAUUGAUGAUUUACUACCGUCGUCGAAACUACAAGCUGUAUACUCCGUACUCGCAAAUGGCUUAAACGCUGACUAACAGAUGGAUGAUCCGGAAGACU